AUGCAGGGUAUUGACCGAGUCUUUGCCGCCAACUGCGUCGGUCACCAGGUACUCGUUACUCUGCUCCUCCCCUUGCUCAAAGCAGCCGUUACAACCGCCAACAACGGCCUGGCGAACAUUCUAUUCUCCAAAGAACUUAGCCAUCGACUCCUACAAGACACAGACCCAGCUAGCAAGAGAAUCUACGUCAACUCUUUUUUCCCAGGUAACAUCGUCACGGACCAAUGGGCAUCCUGGGAUUCAUACUUCGGCACUCUGAUCGGCUCAUUGAUACGCCUUGCGGGUUCGUUCUUCGGCCAAAGUCUGGAGCAAGGCGCCACCACCGCUGUAUACCUCGCCGCAAGCGCUGAUGAUUGGAUCGAUGACAAAAUGAAUGAGACACUGGGCCUGAACUGGCAAAGCGCGAUAUCGCAAAAGGAGCUAGAAGCUCCUACGGGUCGCCGAAGCCUAGAUGCGGACUCUGCAUAA